AUGUUCUUGAUGAAUAUCGCUCUGGAGAGUGGCAUGAGCUGUGUGUAUAUCAAAUAUGGCGGCAGGCUCUGUCGGUAAAGCAGUCGCCCCGGUCCGGUGGGUGCUGCGACACGCAAGCUCCACAGGUAGGUUAAGAUUCACGGUCUGCCGCAUUUGGCUGGGCCGAGCGCUCCCGACGCGGCCCGUGCGCGACAUGCGAAGGAUCUGUGACGUGCAGUGCCAGUGACAAAGUGCCCGUGACCCUAGUGUGUGACAUGCCUCGCAGCCCCUAGCCCGCCACCCUCACGGAUCUUAACGAUCGGACCGGUGAUCACAUGCCGUCGCCAUGGUGAUCGUUACCAGGGGUGACUACAUAUGGAUCGAGCCGGUGUCAGGUCGCGAGUUCGACGUCGCCAUCGGCGCGCGCGUGCUCGCGGCCGAGGGCCGGCGCAUCCGCGUGCGCGACGACGACGGCCAGGAGCAAUGGCUGCCGCCCGAGAGGAGGAUCAAGGCCAUGCACGCCACCUCCGUGCAUGGCGUCGAGGACAUGAUCUCGCUGGGAGAUCUGCAUGAAGCGGGGAUACUGCGGAACCUGCUUAUAAGAUACAACGAGAAUCUCAUUUAUACAUACACGGGGUCAAUAUUAGUAGCGGUGAACCCCUACCAAAUCCUGCCCAUCUACACCGCGGACCAGAUCAAGUUGUACAAAGAGCGCAAGAUCGGAGAGCUGCCGCCGCACAUAUUCGCGAUCGGCGACAAUGCGUACGCGCACAUGCGCAGAUACGGGCAGGACCAGUGCAUUGUCAUCAGUGGGGAGUCUGGUGCGGGGAAGACCGAGUCUACGAAGCUGAUUUUGCAGUAUCUGGCUGCUAUCAGUGGGAAACAUUCUUGGAUUGAACAACAGAUCUUAGAAGCUAACCCAAUUCUAGAAGCCUUCGGUAACGCGAAAACAGUCAGGAACGACAACUCCUCACGCUUCGGAAAAUACAUCGACAUACAUUUCAACAGCGGCGGGGUCAUCGAGGGCGCCAAAAUAGAGCAGUACCUAUUGGAGAAGUCCAGGAUAGUGUCCCAGGGAACUGAUGAGAGGAACUACCACGUGUUCUACUGUUUACUAGCUGGUCUUUCUAAGGAAGAGAAGAAGAAACUGGAGCUGGGAGAACCAAAGGAUUAUAGAUACCUAUCUAUGGGUGGCAGCUUCACGUGUGAAGGCAGAGAUGAUGCCGCCGAAUUCGCCGAUAUACGGUCCGCUAUGAAGGUGUUACUCUUUACUGAACCAGAAAUAUGGGAGAUUCUGAAAUUACUAGCUGCAGUGCUUCACUGCGGAAACAUUAAAUAUGAAGCAACCGUAGUAGACAAUUUAGAUGCCACAGAAAUUAUUGAGCAAGUAAAUGUGAAAAGAGUUGCUAAUCUUCUAGGAGUGCCCACUCAGUCGUUAAUUCAGGCUCUCACAAGAAAAACACUCUUUGCACACGGAGAGACGGUCGUUUCUACGUUAAGUAAAAUCCAAUCAGUCGACAUUAGAGAUGCCUUUGUAAAAGGAAUCUAUGGUAGACUUUUUGUCACCAUGGUAAAGAAAAUCAACGCAGCUAUAUACAAACCCAAAGCCACGACGCGAACUGCUAUUGGUGUUCUAGAUAUAUUCGGGUUCGAGAAUUUCGAUCAAAACAGUUUUGAACAAUUCUGCAUUAAUUUUGCCAACGAAAAUCUACAACAAUUUUUCGUGCGGCACAUCUUCAAACUUGAACAAGAAGAAUACAAUCUCGAAGGAAUCAACUGGCAGCAUAUAGAAUUCGUCGACAACCAAGAUGCGCUAGAUUUAAUAGCUCUUAAACAAUUGAACAUUAUGGCUUUAAUAGACGAGGAAUCUAAAUUCCCGAAAGGCACUGACCAAACUAUGUUAGCAAAACUACAUAAAACGCACGGACUGCAUAGGAACUAUUUGAAACCAAAAUCGGAUAUUAAUACAAGCUUCGGUCUCAACCACUUCGCUGGUGUCGUAUUUUAUGACACCAGAGGAUUUUUAGAAAAGAAUCGAGACACGUUCAGUGCUGACCUAUUACAACUCAUUCACGUGUCCACGAACAAAUUCUUGCAAACCAUUUUCCAAGGUGACAUAGUAAUGGGAUCCGAAACCAGAAAGCGAACUCCGACACUAUCAACGCAGUUCAAGAAGUCGUUGGACUUACUGAUGAGGACGUUAGGGACGUGCCAGCCAUUCUUUAUUCGGUGUAUUAAGCCAAACGAAUUUAAAAAGCCGAUGUUGUUCGACCGAGGGCUGUGUUGCAGACAGUUAAGAUACUCCGGGAUGAUGGAAACGAUAAGAAUCCGGAGAGCUGGUUACCCAAUUCGGCACAGCUUCAAAGAAUUCGUAGAAAGAUACAGAUUCCUAAUAUCUGGAGUUCCACCCGCGCACAAAACUGACUGCAGAAUGGCAACAGCGAAGAUCUGCGCGUCUGUUCUCGGCAAAUCAGAUUAUCAACUAGGUCAUACCAAAGUAUUUUUGAAGGACGCCCACGAUUUGUUCUUAGAGCAAGAGAGAGAUAGAGUGCUUACACGAAAGAUUUUAAUUCUUCAGAGGUCUAUUCGUGGGUGGGUGUACCGACGGCGCUUCCUGAAGAUGAGGGCAGCGGCUAUUCUGAUCCAGCGUCACUGGCGAGGCAAGCUGCAGAGACUGCGGUACAACAAAAUGAAAGUGGGUUAUGCCAGACUGCAAGCCUUGAUCCGUGCCAGAGUGCUGGCGCACAGGUUCAGGCACCUUCGUGGCCAUAUCGUGUCUUUGCAGGCAGCAGCCCGCGGGUACCUCGUCCGCCGUUCAUACGGCCACAAGAUGUGGGCGAUCGUGAAGAUCCAGAGCCACGUGCGCCGCCUGAUCGCCAUGCGACGCUACAAUCGGCUGCGCAAGGACGCGCGCGAGCACACCGAGGCGCUGCGGCUGCGGCGCAUGGAGGAGCAGCGGCUGCAGCACCAGGGCAACACGCGCGCCAAGGAGAUCGCCGAGCAGAAUUAUCGGGAACGCAUGUAUGAGUUGGAACGGCGCGAUGCUGAACUAGCCCUGGAAGAGAAGCGACAGCUGGAAGCGAAGCGGGCGCUGGUGCAGGAGGCGACGAGGAAGCAGGACGAACCGGUGGACGACAGCAAGCUGGUGGAAGCCAUGUUCGACUUCCUGCCAGACUCCAGCAGCGAGGCGCCGGCGCCGAAGGAUACUUCGAUGUUCAGCGACCUGCCACAACAAAGAGCGGACCAGCAAGAGAUGGUGACACCAAUGCAAACAACAUCAGAAGACGAAGAGGAUCUCUCCGAAUUCAAAUUUCAAAAGUUUGCAGCUACAUAUUUCCAAGGAAAUGUUACUCACCAAUAUUCGAGAAAACCGCUGAAGCAUCCCUUAUUACCACUUCACACGCAGGGAGAUCAAUUGGCUGCCCAAGCGUUAUGGAUCACCAUUCUGCGCUUUACGGGUGAUCUCCCAGAACCCAGAUACCACACCAUGGACAGAGACAACACCUCAGUAAUGUCCAAAGUGACUGCGACGCUCGGCAGGAACUUUAUCAGGUCCAAAGAGUUCCAGGAGGCACAAAUGAUGGGCGUCGAUGCUGACGCCUACCUGAACAAGCAGAAACCGAGGUCUAUCAGACACAAGUUGGUGUCGCUAACGCUGAAGCGAAAGAACAAGCUUGGCGAAGAUGUCAGACGAAAAUUACAGGAUGAAGAAUAUACGGCAGACAGUUACCAGUCUUGGCUGGAAUCGCGUCCCACGUCUAACUUGGAAAAACUUCAUUUUAUCAUUGGCCACGGAAUCCUUCGUGCGGAAUUACGAGACGAGAUUUACUGCCAAAUAUGCAAACAAUUGACGAAUAAUCCAUCAAAAUCAUCUCACGCAAGAGGCUGGAUCUUACUGUCCUUGUGCGUGGGAUGCUUCGCUCCAAGUGAGAAAUUCGUGAACUAUCUCCGAGCUUUUAUCAGAGAAGGCCCACCCGGAUAUGCACCUUACUGCGAAGAUCGUCUUAAGAGAACGUUCAACAAUGGUACACGAAACCAACCGCCUUCGUGGUUAGAACUUCAAGCAACAAAAUCUAAAAAACCUAUAAUGUUGCCAAUUACGUUUAUGGACGGUAAUACAAAAACCUUGUUAGCCGACUCCGCAACAACAGCCAGAGAAUUGUGCAAUCAGUUGUCUGAUAAGAUUGCCUUGAAAGACCAGUUUGGUUUUUCUCUCUACAUUGCUCUGUUCGAUAAAGUUAGUUCACUGGGAAGUGGAGGUGACCACGUGAUGGAUGCCAUUUCUCAAUGCGAGCAAUACGCCAAAGAACAAGGCGCACAAGAAAGAAAUGCACCAUGGCGAUUGUUCUUUAGGAAAGAAAUUUUCGCACCCUGGCACGACCCCACUGAAGACCAAGUGGCCACGAAUCUCAUUUAUCAACAAGUUGUCAGAGGUGUUAAAUUCGGCGAGUACAGGUGUGACAAAGAAGAAGACUUAGCGAUGAUUGCAGCUCAGCAAUAUUACAUUGAGUAUGGCCAAGAUAUGAACACUGAAAGGUUAUACACAUUGUUACCUAACUACAUACCGGAUUAUUGUCUAACAGGAGUUGAAAAAGCAGUGGACCGAUGGGGUGCUUUAGUAGUGCAGGCUUAUAAGAAAAGUUAUUAUGUGAAAGAGAAGGUUCCUACGUACAGAGUGAAAGAAGACGUUGUUAGUUACGCGAAGUUCAAGUGGCCACUGUUGUUUUCUAGAUUUUAUGAAGCUUACAGAAAUUCUGGCCCGAAUUUGCCCAAAAAUGAUGUCAUUAUUGCUGUAAAUUGGACAGGCGUGUACGUAGUAGAUGACCAGGAGCAGGUGUUAUUAGAAUUAUCGUUUCCGGAAAUUACCACAGUGGCAAGUCAAAAGACAAAUAAAGUGUUUACGCAGACAUUUAGUUUAUCUACAGUCCGAGGAGAAGAGUUCACAUUCCAAAGCCCAAAUGCAGAAGAUAUUCGGGAUUUAGUGGUGUACUUCUUAGAAGGUCUGAAGAAGAGGUCUAAAUUUGUGAUAGCAUUGCAAGACUAUAAGGCUCCUGGCGAAGGUUCCAGUUUCUUAACAUUCCAAAAAGGGGAUCUAAUUGUUCUAGAAGAGGACAGUACUGGCGAGUCUGUACUGAACAAUGGUUGGUGUAUCGGCCGAUGUGAGAGGACUGUGGAACGGGGUGACUUCCCAGCAGAAACAGUUUAUGUGUUGCCUGCUCUGACCAAACCACCGCCUGACAUACUAGCACUGUUCUGUAUGGAAGGUGCGUCACAUGGGCGCCGAGUGCCGACCGCGACGCUAAACGGAACUGAAACAAAAGAUAAACCCCACACGUUAAUAGAAUACGCCAUGGACCAUUUCAGAUUGCCACCGAAACGCACGGUCUCCAAAGCACUUACCCUAUCAACAGCGAAAAGAGGAGGCACCGAAGAAUUAUGGCGACAUUCGCGGGAGCCUAUUAAACAACCGUUGUUAAAGAAAUUGCAGGCCAAAGAGGAGCUCGCCGAAGAAGCUUGCUUCGCGUUUACCGCUAUCCUAAAGUAUAUGGGAGAUUUGCCUUCAAAACGGCCUCGAAUUGGGAAUGAAUAUACUGACCAUAUUUUCGACGGCCCCCUGAAGCAUGAGAUAUUACGAGAUGAAAUAUACUGCCAAAUAAUGAAACAAUUGACUGACAAUAGGAACAGAAUGUCCGAAGAAAGGGGUUGGGAAUUGAUGUGGCUCGCUACAGGCUUGUUCGCGUGUAGCCAGGGACUGCUCCGAGAGCUGACACUGUUCCUUAGGACUAGAAGAUAUCCAAUUGCUCAAGACUCACUCCAAAGACUUCAGAAGACUCUAAGAAACGGACAAAGAAAAUACCCUCCGCACCAAGUGGAAGUAGAAGCCAUUCAACAUAAGACUACUCAGAUAUUCCAUAAGGUUUACUUCCCUGACGAUACGGACGAGGCGUUUGAAGUGGACUCGUCAACGCGAGCGAAAGACUUCUGUCAGAAUAUCGCGCAGAGACUGAAUCUCAGAUCUAGUGAAGGCUUUAGUUUGUUCGUUAAGAUAGCUGAUAAGGUGAUCUCGGUGCCGGAGGGAGAUUUCUUCUUUGACUUCGUGCGACAUCUCACAGACUGGAUCAAGAAAGCGCGCCCUACCCGAGACGGCAUCACACCACAAUUCACUUAUCAGGUGUUCUUCAUGAAGAAGCUAUGGACGAACACGGUGCCAGGCAAGGACCGCGCGGCGGACGUGAUCUUCCACUUCCACCAGGAGCUGCCCAAGCUGCUUCGCGGCUACCACCGCUGCGGGCGCGAGGAGGCCGCGCGGCUGGCCGCCCUGGCGUACCGCGCCCGCUUCGGGGAAAACAAGCAGGAACUUCAGGCGAUACCACAAAUGCUCCGCGAGUUGGUACCGGCAGACCUAAUAAAGCUGCAAAGCUCUGCCGACUGGAAACGCGCCAUCGUGGCCUCUUACAACCAGGACGCUGGCAUGACCCCUGAAGACGCCAAGAUCACGUUUCUCAAGGUCAUAUACCGGUGGCCGACCUUCGGCUCCGCGUUCUUCGAGGUCAAACAGACGACAGAGCCCAAUUAUCCGGAGCUGCUGCUCAUCGCCAUUAACAAGCACGGCGUCAGUUUGAUCCACCCGCAGUCUAAGGACAUCCUGGUGACACACCCAUUCACCAGGAUAUCAAAUUGGUCAUCCGGGAACACGUACUUCCACAUGACCAUAGGCAACCUCGUUCGCGGCUCCAAGCUUCUCUGCGAGACAUCUCUCGGCUACAAGAUGGACGACCUCCUUACGUCAUACAUCUCCCUUAUGCUCACCAACAUGAACAAGCAACGGUCUAUGCGUGUCAAGUGAAACGGUUUUGGUCCACACCACAGAUAGUGCUAAGGCGGGAUUGAACUUCUUUCUGAAGCUACACCUUACUCACAUCCUUCCUCCAGUCCUUUUAAGUUCAUCAGGAAACGCAACUGUUUGAUUGAACAGGAUAGCAAUAUAUACCUA